AUGGCAAACGUCAAAGUUGUCGACGUCAGACUCGAACAUUACAGACCUGGAAAUACUCUUGGAGUCAACGAGACAAAGCCUCGCAUCUCAUGGCGCUUUGAAGGGACCCAUUCCAGUCUCACCCAGGAAGCAUAUGAGAUUGAAGUCACAGAAAUCGACCCGAAGUCGCGACAGCCUCAUGAAGCAAAAACCUACAAAGUCAAGUCAUCGCAAGCGUACCUCGUUCCCUGGCCUAGUGGCGAACCACUAAGUUCUCGCCAACGCUAUGAGUUUCGAAUAAGAUCAUACCUUUCCGACGAAUGUGAACCAACGCCUUGGAGCGAUGUUGCAUUUGUCGAAGCUGGUCUCUUGAACCGACAAGAUUGGUCAGGUACCCAGCUCAUUUCAGCACCAUGGUCCGACGAGCAGGGCAAACCCUUGCCUGAAGACUUGUUCCGCAAACAAUUCAGCAUCACUGGCGGCAUUCAGUCCGCAAGGCUGUAUAUCACAUCUCAUGGAGUCUACGAAGCUGAGAUCAACGGAAAGAGAGUCGGAGAUCACUUUCUUGCGCCUGGAUGGACAGUGUAUGAGCAUCGACUGAGAUAUCAGACCUUUGAUGUGACGGAACUUCUUUCCGAUGGCGAGAAUUGCAUCGGAGCUCGCGUCGCUGAAGGGUGGUUCAAAGGCCGUUUAGGAUUUGAGGGUGGAAAGCGUAAUAUCCAUGGAACGCGGACAGCGCUAUUUGCUCGACUCGAGAUCACAGCAAAAGAUGGAACCAUCUCGAAAAUAUCGACAGAUGAGACAUGGAAAACGACCCAGGGACCGAUUCGAAUGGCUGAGAUUUACGACGGGGAGAAGUACGAUACCACUGCUGAAAUAGAAGGGUGGUCAGCAGCAGGUUCUGUGUCAGGAGAUUGGCACCAAGUCGAAGUUCCACCGCCUUUGUCUGAAGAUACAGCACUCGUCGCUGGAUCAGCGGAGCCAACUCGAAGGAUUGAGAUCAUCAAGCCAAUCUCAAAGAUUGACACGCCUUCAGGCAAGUUAGUGCUCGACUUUGGGCAAAAUCUGGUUGGCUAUCUUCGCAUCCGUGUAAACGGCUCAAGAGGCCACAAGAUCACCCUCUAUCAUGCCGAAGUCCUCGAAAACGGUGAGCUUGGAACCAGGCCAUUGAGACACUGUGAAGCCAAGGAUACCUAUACUCUUCGUGGUGAAGGCGAAGAAGUCUAUGAGCCUAGGUUCACAUUCCAUGGCUUCAGAUAUGCCCAAAUCGACAAUUGGCCUGGGUCCCAAGACGACAUUCUGAAUAAAGUGGAUGCUGUUGUUUGUCAUACCGAUAUGCAAGAAACAGGCGACUUCCACUGCUCAGACAGCAUGCUCAAUAAGCUAUGGAGUAACGUCCGUUGGUCAACAAAGGGCAACUUCCUCUCUAUACCUACAGAUUGCCCUCAGCGGGAUGAACGUCUCGGCUGGACCGGCGACAUCGCUCUCUUCGCCCCAACAGCGACAUUCCUCUAUGGAUGCCACGGAAUCCUGAACGAUUGGCUCAAGGGCCUCUACUACGAACAGAAGAAGCGCAAUGGUAUCCCACCGAUGGUCUCCCCUAAUACCAUCGUGGAUGGCCUCUUUGCUCAAGUCCACCCAUUUGCGAUUUGGCAUGAUGUCACUGUACUAGCGCCUUGGGCGUUGUGGGAGGAACAUGGGGACUCCGAGAUUCUGGCUCAGCAGUAUGACUCGAUGGUUGCGUGGCUGGAUGCUGUGCCUAUGGACAAGGCAGCUGACAAGGACCAUUUGUGGGACUCAAAUAUGUUCCAGCUAGCUGACUGGCUUGACCCCAGUGCUCCUCCAGACGCUCCUCAGAAGUCAGUGACUGACAUGAUGCUCGUCGCCAACGCAUUUCUGAUACACUCAUAUGACAUCAUGGUUCGAAUUGCAGAUAUUCUUGGAAACGACUCCUCUAUCUACAGGGCAAAUGCAGCUACUGCCAGAGAACAAUAUGCCAAGCAAUAUAUUUCGGAAACUGGCCGUUUGACAUCAGAUUCACAGACAGCCUACGCUCUAGCCAUUUGCUUCAACCUACUCACCACGCCUUCCCAGCUGAAGUUGGCAGGCGACCGUCUCGCUGAGAUUGUUCAAGCUAAUGAAUACCGCGUUGGCACCGGCUUCGCAGGAACACCAUUCGUCUGUGAAGCUUUGGCAAAAACACAACAUAUGGAUGUUGCAUACGGCAUGCUUCUGAACAAGAAAUGUCCUUCAUGGCUAUACCCUGUGACAAUGGGCGCGACAACAAUAUGGGAACGUUGGGACAGCAUGCUGCCCGAUGGCUCGAUCAAUCCAGGAGACAUGACCAGUUUCAAUCACUACGCCUACGGUGCAGUGGCUAAGUUCAUGGUGGAGCGUGUCGCAGGUCUGAAGCAAUUGACACCCGCGUGGACGAGAUGUCGAGCAGAUCCUUGUGUUGGUGGUGGCAUUACAUCUGCGAAAGCGUCGCAUUUGACACCGCAUGGGAAAAUCUUAGUCUCUUGGAAGUUAGUCCAGGGGGGCGAGGUACAAAUUGACGUGACUGUACCGCCAUUUACAGAAAUAGAGGUUGUGCUUGGGGAUAGUGACUCUGACGUUCAAGUCGUUGGACAUGGAGAAUGGUCUUUCAAGCGAUACGCAUAGUACAAGACUGACC